CGGUGGCGCUAGUGUCCCAGCCAGUAGUGACAAGAUGGCGACGCCCAGCGAGCUGUCUCUCGAGGAGAUACGGAAACAUUUAUUGGAAAACGGUGGUACUGCUCGCAAUCAUGACGUGGUGAAGCAUUUCAAGAAGUUCCUGACGGAUCCCGACACCCGAGUCGAAGCACGGAAUCGGUUCAAGGAGUAUGUAAACACCCUGGCCACUAUAAAGAACGAAGAGGGGGAAAAGUAUUUGGUCCUGAAGAAGAAGUAUCGACAAACUCCUCUGGGGUUUUCGUCUCAGGAGCAAAUGACAUCUCCUAUCGCCACUCCCGACAUUGCUAGCCCGAUUUCACCUGUAAGAUCUCCUCCACCGUACCGGCCUCCGCCCCCUGCACCUUUAAGUCCAACAGCAGGCAACUCCACCACGAUUCACGAGGAAUCGUGUUUGAAUAUUGCGCGCGAUGGGGACGGUAUCGAUGCGCGGAAAAAUGGCGUUGACUGCGUCGAGACCGGAUUUUCAACGUCCUCGCCCCCCGUGCCACCGCGCCGUAAAAGUCAAGAUAAGAUCAAGAUCGAGAAUAAGGAGAACGUCGACAGGAACAGGGGUGUAUCCGAAGCGGUUAUCAAGGAAGAUGAGGCUGUCGCGGCGAAUCCGGGCUCGACCGAGCAAUUAAGCUUCCGCGAGCGGAUGCAACGUUUCAACCGGAUGGCUAGCGAGACCGAUCUUCAAGGCAGGCCUAACGGCUCUCUCACACCCACUAAAAAGCGAUCAGACAAGGGUGCCGACGAGGAUGACAGCGCUUCCGUUGCCUCGCAAUUGGACGGGAAGUCGCGGGAGUGGUUGGUGAGGGCUGCGCAAGGGGACUAUCAGGCGUUGGCGAAACUUGUUGGGGAGGAACCUCGCUUGGCUCGACUCAAGGAUCCGACGUCCGUGAGUAUGGGUUAUUACGUAUCACGAAAUGUUGCAAAGUAUUGCCUGCAGGAGAAGAGGUAUCAAGGUUGCACGGUUAGGUUGGAUUCACACUAUCCGCCAAGCGAUCGUGCGAAGAGAUGUUCUUCAAUAGAUUUUCAAAUCUGAUUACCAAUAAAUUGAUUACCAAUCUAUUGAAUUGGAUUCAUUAUUUAACCUUUUGAGUGCCAGAGGAAAUUUUCGUACAUAUCCGAGAAAUGCCAAACAAUUUUAAGCAAAGAUGCGUGAUUGUAAACAAAAUGCUGCUUGGCCCUUUUUGCAAGUAUAUAAAGAAGCGAUAUAUCGCUCCUUGGAAUUCAAAGAAUUAAAUAGUCUACUACUCUAGAUCUCCCUCUCACCAUUUUUUAAUUCAUUUUUUUCCAUCAAUUAAACCUAAUCAACCUAACACCCGUUGAAUAAUAUUUUGAUGGAUCUUUGAUGGAUGAUUGCCCCAUGGGUAGUGUGAAUUCAGCUUUAGCGCGAACAGGUUUCGUUCUUGUCGCAAGGGCCACGUGAGUCCGAUUUCGAGCCCGAAAAAAGUCUCGCGCGUAUCGCGUUUCGUUCAUUGCCACGCUGCACCGCGAAUGCUCGUUCGAUUGGUUAUCCAAGAACGAAAAAGUGGAACGGACGUGCAACAGCUUCGAAAUUCAACAUUCCGCUAUAGCGUCUUUAUUGAAUAUCUAAUAAAGUUUCGUUAUUUUAAUUAGUUGAAUUAAGUUAAAUUUCAGUUAAACUAAGACGAGAGGUUUUCUGGUUUCUGUUUCAUAUCUUCCGGACCGAUC